AUGACACUUUACGUUCCAGCCGCGGCAAAAUCUAGUCAACAAGAAGUGGCUCGGUUUACACAGAUAGCAUCAAAUAAUAACGAUAAGGUGUCACAAUAUUCACUCUUUAUUCCAAGGAUCGAAUCGUUCUCAACGAUUUUAAACAUUCCAACUAUUCCAGCUACUCCCACGAUCCCAUCUGCAUUCAUUCCAACCAUACGCGUCGGUGCUACCAAAAUCGUUCCAACUGAGAUUACAACUGCCAUCCCAAUUAGUACCACCGCAAAUAUUCCAUUCACCAAUACUGUUAAAGCGACCACUUUAAAAUCAACUAUACAAACUAUGACCACGGCACCGGUCACAAUUCAACAAAAAACCCCUUCAAUAACUAAUACAGCUACCUCAUCUCAUUCAACUUAUAAUCAACUUCCUUCCAGUACUACCACUUCUAUUAGUA